CGGUCAAAUGUUCUGGUUUUGGUGAGAAAAUUGUGGUUAAAAAGUCAGUUCUUACCGGAGAAAAGCCGAGCUUGUGCCGUCCAUGAAGCUGCCGUCGACUUCCCUGAGACAUUGGCGUCAACACACCCGUGGAGACACAAUUCCGACUAUCAGGGUUAGCCAUGCUCUAGAAUGAGGCAUGGAGGAUGAGAGGAGAACCAGGGUGGUCCUUCUGGCAUGUGGGUCCUUUAACCCUGUCACCAACAUGCACUUGAGAAUGUUUGAACUGGCCCGAGAUCACCUGGAGGACACAGGGCGCUACAAGGUGGUGAAAGGCAUCAUCUCUACAGUUGGGGAUGGCUACAAGAAGAAAGGGCUGAUUGAGGCUUUCCAUCGUGUGAAAAUGGCCAGACUGGCCACAGACAACUCCAAGUGGAUCACUGUGGAUGCGUGGGAAAGCUUGCAGCCUGAGUGGGUGGAGACAGCCAAAGUGAUUCGGCAUCAUUGCUCACAGCUGACAGCAGAAAGCGAACAGGGCGGUGACAACGUAGACACUGUCAAGUUUGCCAAAAAGAGACGCAUUGAGGAGAAUUAUGUUGAGAGUGCAUCUCAUCACAACAAUGGAGUAAGCCCACAUCUAAUGCUACUAUGCGGCGCUGACGUUCUGGAGUCCUUCAAUAUCCCCAACAUGUGGAAGCAGGAAGACAUUGCCGAGAUCGUGGGCCGCUUCGGCUUGGUGUGCAUCAAGCGCGGAGGUGCCGAGCCCUACAAGUUCAUCUACCAGUCAGACGUGCUGUGGAAGUACCGCCAGAACAUUCACGUGGUCCCCGAGUGGGUCACCAACGACAUUUCCGCCACUCACGUGCGCCGAGCACUACGUCGCGGUCAGAGCGUCCGGUACCUGCUGCCAGACAGUGUGCUGUGCUACAUCCACGAGCACCAACUCUACAGCGCUGAGAGCGAGCAGAAGAACGCCGGAGUGGUUCUUGCGCCCCUGCUGAAAUAUGCAGGUGACCCCACAAGUUAAAUAACUGCUUUUAAUGUAAAAGGGCGGCAUUUUUCGACGCUCCAUUAAGUGCCUGCUACACAGAACACCAACAUUUAACCAUUUUUUAAGAUCAAUUCAAACAUACAGUACAUGUUCUUAUAGGCAUAGUUAGUUUUUUAUUAGCUGAUAUUUUAACUCAGGUUACACUUGUACACUUUCUACAAGUAGAUACACACUAGUCACCUCCCCCACAGUAAAGAGCAGGGCAUUCUCACCUUGCACUCCCAUGAGUUGUUUGGAUAGUGCUGUGUGUGUACAAAUGAAAGAUUGCCACUGGAAAUCAAAUAAAGUUGCCUUUUGUUUUCCAAAA